UGUGUAUGUAAUAAGAGGCGCACUGGCAGCAGUCAUUCAUUUCCAGCCAGAAUUGGUGAUCUGAGGUAAAAUUUGUGAUAAAGUCGAGUUGAGUUUCACUUCAUGCAAAUGAUCCAUUACAUUGGUUGAGUAAGAUCGCCUACUAGCAACCUGUUGUACAGUGAUUUGCAAAUGCCCCAUUAGUGUAUGAAAUAAUAUCGUAGUUCCCCUAGUGUGAAUAAGGAACACUGCCCCAGCAUGGUUCAACUUCCUUCUAAUUGGCACUUAUGUUUGGUUGGUUGAGUGGCACCACAGUGGUGGACAUGGCCGAUGCCAGGUCUGAACUGCCCUAUUGUCAGCUAUGGUCCUGUAAAGGGCAACUCACGCGUUAGCGGGGAACCAAGAGCACAGUGUCGUUUUGCAUCAGUCACCUCAGCCUGGUCCAUGAGGCGAAAAAAGAAACAUUCGGUCUGUAGAUUUGUUUGCUUGGCUGUCAGCCUACUUAUUAGCGGAAAAAAAGUGCCCCAAGGAUUGCCCCAUUAUUCUUUUGUCCUUAUGCUUGCUGUAUACCAAAGAUCGAAAUAAAGACGAAACUGAAUGUUCGCUCUGCUCAUUGUUUUUAUAAUUCUUUAAAAUUCAAUUAUCCUUCAGAAUUAGUGGAGAAAAGAAAACCUCUUCUGUUGCAUUAACAAUUAUUUGAAUGACUUGUCACAAAUUGUUGCAAUUUGCAUAAUUAUCAGACCCCAUUCAUCAGUCACUGUUGUUGGCAUAAUGAUCUUGCAUUUAUACAUCAGGUGGAAAGAGCAAUGAAUUCAUCCUCAGCAGACUGAAAUGCACCCAAGUCACCAUGUACACACAGCAGCACUGUAAGACAGCCCCCUAAUGAAUAUGCAAUGAGGCAAUGCUUAAUAUGCAUAAGUGGGUGUGCAUAAGUAGGAGAGUGUUGCUGGUGUAAGCAGACAGAUCCAGAGAGGGGGACUGACUCAGACCUUUAUGCUCACACUCAUACUGAAUGAUAGUUCAUGCAGCAGAGCUUGUGCAAAGCUUCUAGAAUAAAGGAAGAGAGAAACACUGAAGAAGGAGGAGGAAGAGAAAAGACAAGGUGUAUGGUCAAGAGGGCAGCACAUGUGAAGGAGCGAGAGAGAGAGAGAGAGGAGAGAGGGAGAGAGCGCACUGAGUUCCUGCUCUCCUCCAAGAGAAAGACUAGAUGGUGUGAUCUGUCCAUAAUGGGGUGCAGAGUUUGUACUCUACAGAAGCCUCAAGAGCAAUACAAACUGCUAUAUGAAGCAUGCCAGGUCAAUGGAAAGGACUUGUCAAAGGCGACGCACGACCAGGCUGUGGAGGCCUUCCGUAUGGCUAAAGAGCCCAUUAUGGUCCAGGUGCUACGCCGGGCUCCCAGGCCCAAACCUACAGGCCCAAGUGGGGAAGCGCAGGUAAUGGACAUCAGCACCCAGACGGACAUCACCUUCCAGCAUAUCAUGGCGCUCAGCAAGCUGCCUACGUCCUCCCCACCUGUGAAUGUGCUUGAGCAGUACCUGCUGCCAGAGGGACACUCUCCUGCUCAUGAAUACUUCGACCCCAAUGAUUUCCUGGAGGGCAUGCAGCAUGAGAUAGAAAGAGAAGAGCUGGAAUAUGAGGAAGUGGAUUUAUACAGAACUAAUAUCCAGGAUAAACUGGGGUUAACUGUGUGCUACAGGACCGAUGAUGAGGAUGAGACUGGGAUCUAUGUCAGUGAGAUUGAUCCGAACAGUAUUGCAGCAAAAGAUGGACGCAUUCGAGAGGGAGAUCGAAUCAUCCAGAUCAAUGGCUUUGAGAUCCAGAACCGUGAGGAAGCAGUGGCUCUUUUAACCAGUGAGGAGCACCCAAAUGUAUGCCUGCUAUUGGCUCGACCAGAGAUACAACUGGAUGAGGGCUGGAUGGAUGAUGACAGAAAUGACUACCUGGAUGACCUCCAUAUGGAUAUGUUAGAGCAACAACACCAUCAGGCCAUGCAGUUCACAGCAAGCAUGCUCCAGCAGAAGAAGCACGAGGAGGAUGGAGGUACAACAGACACCGCCACGCUGCUCUCCCACCAUCAUGAGAAGGACAGUGGAGUGGGCCGCACAGAUGACAGCACUCGUAACGAUGAGAGUUCUGAGCAGGAGAAUCUUGCAGAUGACCAGACCAGCGCCUCCACCACGCUAGGCAGCCGGCGUAGGCUCGCUUACAGUCAGGACACCCUAGGCAGUGGCGACCUCCCCUUCAGCAGCGAGUCCUUCAUUUCUGCAGACUAUGCAGACGCGGACUUCUUGGGUGACUUUCCUGCUGAUGAAUGUGAGCGGUUUCGUGAGCUUUUGGAGCUCAAGUGCCAGAUGCGGAGUGUGGGCAGCAGCGGUACCCCAGAGCAGAGCUUGUUCUGGCCCAGUGGUGGCGUAGGUGGCAGACAGGGCAGCGUUGGCGAGGAGGGUGUCGACAAAGAGCUGGAGCUUCUGAAUGAGGAGCUCCGCACCAUUGAGCUCGAGUGCCUGAGCAUAGUCCAAGCGCAUCGCAUGCAGCAGUUGCGUGAGCAGUGCCGUGAACAUUCCUGGAUGCUCCACAACAGCGGCUUCCGCAACUACAACACAAGUGUGGAUGCAAGACGCCACGAGCUAGCGGACAUCAGCGAACUCCCAGAGAAGUCCGACAAGGACAGCUCCAGUGCAUACAACACGGGUGAGAGUUGCCGUAGCACACCGCUCACGCUAGAGCUCUCCCCGGACAACUCCUUACGGCGUGGAAAUGAAAAUCAAGCGGAGGCAGGGGUGUGUAGUGGCACCUCGGGUGCCAGCAGAAUUCUCAAACCUCUGCUGUCUCCCGUCCAAGAGGCUUGCAGCCCUAACAGAGGUCGUCCAAACUUGUCAAAAGAGCCCGAGGCUGGAUCCCAGCCUGAAAUUCGAGAACGCAAAGUUGGUCGCCAUGCCCAGCUCCAGUCACCCUACAAACAUGCCCACAUCCCAGCCCACGCCCAGCACUACCAGAGCUACAUGCAACUGAUCCAGCAAAAGUCAGUGGAGUACGCCCAAAGCCAAAUGAGCCUAGUCAGCAUGUGCCGGGACCCUGUUGCUUCUGCUGACUUGGGUCCCAAGAUGGAGUGGAAAGUGAAGAUCCGCAGCGACGGUACACGUUACAUUACCAAGCGGCCAGUCCGGGACAAGCUCCUGAAAGAGAGAGCCUUACGGAUCCGAGAGGAGCGCAGCGGGAUGACUACAGACGAUGAUGCCUUCAGCGAGAUGAAGAUGGGACGCUACUGGAGCAAAGAGGAGCGCAAGCAACAUGCCGUCCGUGCCAAAGAGCAGCGUCAGCGCAGGGAAUUUAUGAAGCAGAGCCGUAUGGACUGUCUGAAGGAGCAAGUGGGCAGCACUGAAGACAAGAAGGAGCUCAAUAUUAUUGAACUGAGCCACAAAAAGAUGAUGAAGAAGCGGAACAAGAAAAUAUUUGACAAUUGGAUGACGAUCCAGGAACUGUUGACCCAUGGUACAAAGUCCCCCGAUGGGACACGAGUGUACAACUCCCUACUGUCAGUGACCACGGUGUAGGCUCUGUAAUGUUCUGUAUAUAGGACACUACCAUUUGGGGUAAAAAUCCUGCCUCGUUCAAUGCGGCAACAUUUGUAAAUAAGAAAUACGAUUGCCUUGUCUGAAGGAACUUUGACAUUUGCCAAGAGAAGCUACAGUGAGAGUCUCAAAGAUUGAAUAGAAUGGAUUUAGUGAUGAGAACAUGUUUUCUUAUUUGCUCUGUUCAUUUCUAUAUUGCGCUUGUGGUUUUGAAUAUUCUAUUAAGUAACUGAUUCAUGACCAUUUGGCCUCUUUAAAAGGUUUUGGAAAACAAUACAAAGACCAUCAAGCAUCACCACCAUCAGCGUUUUUAUUUUAUUUCAAGUAACUAACAGUCAGCCAGCAGUAUUGUACUUUUUGCUUAUUAAACUAACAGAUAUUAGCUUAAUGGUCAUCACACAGAUGUUUUUAUAUACUUUUCAGUCAGGAUUUUACAACAAAAAUAACAUUGCUUUACAAAUUUUAAAGAAAAGGUGCUGUUUUUCAUAAAGUUCAUAUUUCACACAGCUACUUUUACAUCAGACAUGCAUCAAAGUGCAGCCAUUUAUUGAAAUCUAAAUCUGUUUGUAUUAUUGUUGAUAUUAAUUUCUGUUGUAGACAAAAGCCUUUGUAUAGGUCUCCAUUGUAUUACAGCAAGAUAAUACAGUUUAACAAAUUAGUUAGAAAUGCAAUUUGAUGUCUUGUAAAAUGAGAGAAAUAAUAAAUUAUUGUUUUGUAUUUGAUGAGCAUUCAAAAUACUUUG